CAUAAUUACCCUUCCACGUUUUCGAAAAACGAUUUUUCCUAUCAUUACUUGAAAUUCCUUUUUCCUUCCCACUUUUUUCCCCUCCACUGCUUCUCUCGCCGUCGCCGCCCACUUUCCGGCUUCUACUCUUCUUCUCACCGCCGCUUUCCAACCAUUCUCCUUCGAUUCUUAGCACACUGUGUUCUUGGCAAUCCUUUUCUCUUCGGCAUCUUAUUUGUUUGAGGAGGAGAAGGAAAGAAUCGGAGUUGGAAUUUGAUUUCCGUGAAAUGCGCUGAGUUGAUAUCGGUUUGGUAGCGAAGAGCAGGGGACAAGUUUCCAUAGACUUCACUAGUUAAAGUAAAUCCAGUGUAGAGUUCAUACAAUGAAGAAAUUGUUCUUUUUCAGAUCUUCAGCACCCAGCAAUGGCAGUACUGAAGUUUCUCCAUCAAAAACAGAGAAACAAGAUUUCACAGGCCAGCCAUUUGAAGGUACUGGUCUUAGAAGAAGUCGCUCGCUGUCUUCAGCGUCAUUGCUUGAUGGUGGGAAGCAUAAGAGUCCUUCUGGGUCGAAGGAUAAAAAUAGAUCUCCAUAUGGUAAUUUCAUUGGCACUUCAGACCAGCAAUGUGAACGUUCAAACCGCUGUCAAACACCACCAUUAAGAAGACAGUGUAGGGCAAAGCAAUUUGAGAUACCAUAUAAUGAUUAUGGAGCUGUACCAGAGAGGCCUUGUUCUGCAUCUGCUUCUUCGUGCCAAAGUUAUGGUGAGUCUUCUGGAAAUUCUUCCACUUCCUCUAGUAAUGUCUCAAGCAAAAUCUUGGAUCGAUAUAUUGAUGAUGGAGAGCAACAGAAAGAAUCAAGCAAACCCCAAAAGAGUAUUCCUUCGAGAAAUUACCCUGGAAAUGGUAGUGGGAGGCGGCCCCCACGAGGUCGAUGUACAGCACCCACUUCGCCAAAAUAUGUUAUUGAUGAAAAGACAACGAGUCAUCCGUUUGAAGAAUUUCCGAGUUCAAAUUAUCACUUCUUUCCUGCAAAGUAUGCUGAAAAUGGAUUUGGGCAUGAAUCUCCAAGGACCAUAGCGAAGAAUGUAAUUGAGAGACUUUCCCAAUCUCAUGGAAUUCCUAAAACAAAUACAAAGGGAUUUGACAACAGUAUGCCGCCAAUCACUGUAGAAGAUAUACAUGAUAGAUCAUCAGAUGAGCAUUAUGGUUCCAAUGUGAAUGUGAUUCCGCCGAAAUUCUAUUCAGUAAAUGAACCUUCCGAAGCUACUGAUAGAAUUAAUAUGGAGAGCUCUGGUUUACAUAGACAGAACUUAAUAAAUCAUAGUGAAAUGUUAAACCUUGUUGAAACUGAAGAGGAUAUGGACGGGGAACUCAAGAGGAGAAUCAAGUUGGCAAAGGAGCGAGUCAUCCUGUUCAGAGAAGAACGUGACCGUGAAAGCUUUCUUCAACAGAGGACGGGAAUUUCAGGUUUGAUUCAGACAAUUAGACAUAUUACUGAGGAGAAAAUGAGCUUAGCACUUGAGGUUUUAAGUCUUCUACAGUCCCAAAUUACGGAAAGAGCUUCUGCAAAGGAAGAACUGAAACUGGCAAAGGAAAUAUUGGAUUCUCAAACUAAGAAACUGGAUAGAGAAAAGACUGAAUUGCAGUUAGAACUGGAGAAAGAGCUGGACAGGAGGUCGAAGGACUGGUCAUUAAAGCUAGAAAAGUACCAGUUGGAAGAACAAAGGCUUCGUGAAAGAGUUCGGGAGCUAGCAGAACAGAAUGUAUCUCUACAAAGGGAAGUUUCUCUUCUUAAUGAGAAGGACAAAGAGAAUAGAAGCUUAAUGUCAAAUUCGGAGCAAAAAGUUAAGGACUUGUCUGUAAUGAUGGACAAAUUACGGGAUGAAAACCAAAUUUUGAUGCAGAAUUUCUCCGACUUGCAGGAUAAGUACAAAACUGCUAAAGAAGAUAGAGAAUCCUUUAAGAGAAAUUUUGAGGAGAAGGAUAAGGAAUGCAAGGAGUUGUAUAAAGCGACAACGAGGUUUACGAGGACUUGCUGUGACCAGCAGAAAACAAUCAACGGAUUGCAGGAAAGGUUUACUCAUGAAUUAGGAAAGAAAACAGAAAUUGAAAGGUUCGAUAAGCAUGUGGCAAAAUUGCAGAUGGAGCAAAUAAGGUUAACUGAAGUAGAAUUGGGAUUGAGAAAGGAACUAGAAUCUUGCAGGUUUGAAAUUGAUUCACUACGGCAUGAAAAUAUAAACAUAUUCAACCGUCUAAAGCAUAACGGGAGAGAUAAUGGUGCUUUAACCAUCAAGCUGGAUGACGAAAUGUUAGCACGUGUUGAUUGUCUACAACAUCAAGGGCUAACAUUAUUAAAUGAAAGCUCCCAGUUAUGUGCAGAAUUAUUUGAGUUCAUAAAAGAGAGAGUUCAUUGUCUUUCAGAUAGUAUGCAGGGGGUGGAAGUGGUGAAGAACAACUUGGAUGGGCUAUAUUUUAUUGAAUCUGAGAUGAAAGUUCAAGGAUUGAAGCGUGGAAUUGAAAGCUUAAAACGGAGUUUAAAGAUAUCAUCUUCAUUGUUGCAUAAGAAAUCCAACCUAGCUGCUUCGGAAGUCCAUUCUCAGUGUGUAGAUGCAGAUGAGUCAAUGCAAUUAAAUUGUGAAGCUACAGAGGAUGUCGUAAAAUCUGAGCUCAAAGCAGAAAGAUUACUAACGAGUCUGUUGAGAGAGAAGCUUUACUCUAAGGAGCUGGAAAUUGAGCAGCUGCAAGGGGAAAUUGCAACGGCAGCUAGAGCAAACCACAUUCUUAGAUGUGAAGUACAAAGUGCACAAGACAACAUAUCCUGCAUUACACACAAGCUUAAAGAUCAAGAACUUCAGAUUUUGAAAAGAGACGAGAAUGUGAACCGGCUACAAAAUGACCUUGAAGAAUCUACUACAGAAUUAGCGAUCAUUAGGGGAACUGUGCCAAAGAUUUCUGAGGAAAGAGACAUUAUGUGGGACCAAGUGAAACAAUACAGUGAAGAAAAUAUGUUACUUAACUCGGAGGUUAAUCUAUUGAAAAAGAAGAUUGAAACUCUUGAGGAAGACAUACUUCUGAGGGAAGGUCAGAUUACAAUCCUCAAAGACUCUCUGAGAAACAAAUCUUUCGACCUUCUUGGUAACAUCGAAUCCACAGACGAAUUUCUUGUUCGAUGAUACCAAGAGAAUCAGGCUUACCAUUCAUUAGAUGAUCUUACUGUUCAUAGUCAUAUUUUGAAGGUGCGUUGCCUAUUGAUUUUUUUUUUUUUUUUUGGCUCCUUUCUAAUUUGAAUCUUCUCCACUGUUUUUCUUUUUCAUUUUGUUUUGGUGAUUUGAAGUGUAGAGGUCUAAAAUGACAAUCUGAUGUGUUUUCUUUUUUUUUUUUUUGUUACCAGCAGAAAAGAGUUGGUGAUAAAUAUAUAGAUUAGAGAAUCAUGGAGAAGAUUCUGCCUGUAAUUAUUUUUGGUGUGUAAGAUAAGAACCCUUCAAAUGUCAAUAGAAAAGAUCUCUGCCCUACUGGUCACAAACAAUCAAAUUGAAAAGAAGAAAAAAAAGGCUUUAGAAUUAUCAAACCCCAUAUCCUAAAAUAGAAAUUGUAAUUUUAUUUUCACGCGGG